CAAGAAACAAAAAACUUAACACACCAAAAGACUUUGGGAUAGAAAGGAUUUCACUUUUGAUCUUUUUUAAUUUGUUUUAUUAUCUUUAUUUCAUUAUUUAUUACUUUAUUUGGUUGUUAUAGGGAUCGUAUUGAUCAAGGCUUCUUUUUCCUCCAUAUACCGUUCGUUGAUUUUGCUUGUCGCCUAUUUUCUGAUCCUUCCAUACUAAGUUUGUGCUUUUCUUGUAUUAUCAUAAAUAUUAUUAUCCAUUGAUUUUCAAAUGUUUCUACCUUCCUUUGGGCUUGUGUUGUGUACGCUUGUGGGAUCUGCUCUUGCUAAAACCCGCCUGUUUGAAUGGAAUGUCACAGAUAUAGACAACUUGGACGUUGAUAAAUCCGGCCAUCCUCGCUGGGUGAUGGGUGUGAAUAACCAAUGGCCCAUUGAACCUCUCGUCGUCGAUUAUGGCGACCAAGUAAUCAUCAAAAUGAGCAACCAUCUUCGCGACAAUCGAACUUGCAGCUUGCACUCCCAUGGUAUUUUUCAGCGCCAUAAUGGUUAUAUGGAUGGUGUUCCACAAAUGACUCAAUGCUCUAUCCCUCCUGGUUCUACCUAUUAUUACAACUUCACCGCCGAUCAGACCGGCACUUACUGGGUUCACUCUCACGAUAUGAGUCAAUACCCAGAUGGCCUUCGUACUUCCUUCGUUAUCAAUAACCCAAACGAGCCUUACGACUAUGAUGAGGAUUAUAUCAUCAGUUUAACUGAUUGGUAUUAUGAACCGUUUUAUAAACUCGUUCCUGAGCAAUUCGUAAGUUGGCACAACCCGACCGGUGCUGAACCAGUUCCCGACACUGGUCUCAUCAAUGAUAGCAUUAACUCUACCUUCAAAAUGGAACCGGGAAAAACAUAUCGACUCCGUUUUGUUAAUUUGGGCGCCUUCAACAAUUAUGACAUUAUGCUCGAAGAUCACAAUAUGACCAUCAUCGAGGUUGAUGGUAUAUACACAAAACCUCAAGAAGUAUCCUCAAUCCACAUAACCACUGCCCAGCGCUACAGUGUUCUUGUGACAGCCAAAAAUUCCACCGACCGUAACUAUGCCAUGACCGCUUAUAUGGAUGAAUCACUUUUUGACCAGGUCCCCCCUAAUUAUAAUCCAAACAUUACUGCCUGGCUUUCAUACAAUUCCAACUCUCCCAACAACUAUGCACUUCCUGUUGAUGAGAUUAACAGCUAUGAUGAUGCCGAAUUACAACCUUUGUACGAUGUCAAUUGGGGAGAAGCCGACCAUAACGUCUCUCUUUGGUUCGAUUUCUUUACCCUUGAAAAUGGUGCAAACUAUGCUGAAAUUAAUGGAAAAUCAUUCAAAUAUCCAAAAGUUCCUGGACUUAUGAUUGCCAACUCUACCAACUAUGAUGAUUAUAACAUGAAACCCAUAACCUACGGCCCCUAUACCAAUGCCUUUAUCUUUGAUUACAACCAAACAGUUGACGUGGUUAUCGAUAACCACGAUACAGGAAAACAUCCUUUCCAUUUACAUGGACACGUUUUCCAGGUAUUAGAACGAGGUGAUGAAAACGCUGGUGAAUACAACGACCAAACUGAGCAUAAGGUGUAUGAUCAUCCCAUCCGCCGUGACACCAUUGAAAUUCAUCCUGGAAGUUUUGUUCGCCUUCGUUUUCUCGCUGACAAUCCCGGUGCUUGGCUUUUGCAUUGCCAUAUUGAAUGGCAUAUGGAAAGUGGUUUGGUUGCAACCUUUUUGGAGGCUCCUGAUAGAGUUCCUUAUAUAACUGCUCCUGAAUUUGUCCGUCGCCAGUGUAUAAUGCAAAAUAUUGAAGUUUCAGGUAACGGUGCUGGAAACACUUACAAUAUAUCGAAUUUGACUGGCGCUCCUGCUCCUCCCGGUGAAAUGCCUUCUGGUUGGACAUCCAAGGCAAUCGCUUCAGUAGCCAUGUGUGUUUUAGCAGCCUGUAUUGGCAUGGGAAGUAUUGUCUUUUACGGCAUACAAGUCCAACCUUUAACCACUGAGGAACCCGACGAUGAAGAGGAUAUCAAAGCAGCUGUCAAAGAAAACGCGGCAGAUAUUAUGAGUCCAUCUGAGAUGUAAAUUGAUUUUUUUUCCUUUCUUUUUUUGGAUCACUUUCAUAUUUCCAUUAUCUUUUUUAGGAAAUCAUCCAUUAGUUAAUAAAUAUGUUCCAAACAUUUGCGGCGACCCAAACGAUAUUAAAAAGAAUAAAUCUUUCUCUGUCAAAAAACUAUUAAGCAGUAAGGGGGUAUUCGCCAUUACAAAAAAUAAUGUCUGGAUACUCUAAGAAUUAUCAUUUUCAAUUCUGAAUAUUUAAAUGAGUACUGGUAAUUGUUUGCUUGCUUACUAUUUUCUGCAUUUUGCAAGCAAAGGAUAGAAUAUAGCCAAAAUGAAAAUUCGAGACAAACCUCAGGGUAAUAGGAAUGAAGUGGAAUGCGGCAAUCUUUGAGAAAUCUUACCUUUGCAAAUUUUUAAUUCGUGAGUUUUGGUGAGAAUUUAAUCUUCCUUAUCGAACCGACGAUGAUAAUACUUUUAUACUCCAAUGUCAUUGAACAAUGCCGUAUGUUACAAGCCUUUUCUUGCAGCCAUCGAAAGGAAAGUAAGAAUUAAAUCCAGAAAGCUAAAUUGUGAAAUUUAAGAACGUAGAGAUUUUAUAAAAACAAGUGACGAAGAAGUAAUUCUGUGAUGUGGGAUCAAUUAGAUAGAAGGCUUGUAUUAGUCAAGAACUUAGGUUAAGAAUGUUUCAUAAUUCCUCGUGAUUUCUAGUUUAUCUGGUUAUAAUUCAAGUUCUUCACAACCUUCUGAGCAACUAAUUCAGCGCUAUUUUUAUUCGAUCCAGUUAUAAUGUUUCCAUCCUCGAUAGCAAAACCAUCUGUAUAAAAUACCGGUGGAUUUUCAAAGAUAGCUCCACUCUCGUUGGAUAUAUCCUCAAUAGAAGGAAAAUGAAGUCUCUUUUAUAUAUCCUGCA